AUGGUUAAACUUUGCUAUACAUUCCCACUAGUGUGCGUAUGCGUUUUGCCAACUCUCGCCCUGAGUACGGAAUACGUCAAACAUAAUAGCAGACAGGUUGUAUUAAGUAAACCCAAUCAAGAGUACAUCAAGAAAUCUUAUUCUUUGAUUGAGCCUCAUUUACAGAAAAGAAAUCCUUCCUACAGAGUAGUCAAAACUAAGGUUAGCAGUGUCACCAAAAAAAAUGAUGAUAUCGUAGAAGACGAAGAAUUUGAAGAGGAUGAAACAGCAGUUAACAGUUACAGUUUUAGAAGUUUACAAAAGAAGUUGGGGUUGGGAGACAAAAAGUUUGAAAUGCCUGUAAGUGGACCCGUUCCAGAUUGGGAUGAUCAGUAUUAUGAUAAUGAUGGUAAACCAAUCGUUUACCAGGUUGACACUGAAGAAUUGAAAGAACUCAUGGAUAACUACCUCGAAAUGGGUAAAGAAAAAUGGGCUGCAUUCUUAGCAACUUCGGAAUGUAAUAAAUUUCAAAAAUUGAUGGAUAAGUUGCAUAACCUGUUCAAAAAGAAUGAGAAUGCUGAUGAUAAUGAUGAAGAUGAUAAUGAAGAUGACGAAGACUCUAAAGCACAGGGGCCAUUUGGUAAAUAUGAAAAUGAUGCUGAUGACGAGGAGGACAACGAUGAUGAUGACAGAAGUUCCCGUAACAAUAAAAAGGUAUCAUCAGCAGCUAAUAAACUUAGUCUGAAAGAUUUGAAAGGUUUAAAAAAUGUAAACAGUCAACCGCUUUUCUCGAGUAUUCCGGAAGAAGAAAUUGAAGAGUUUCACAAUCUGUUGGCAGAUGUUGUCUCUUAUUGGGAGGAAGAGGAUGCCAUAAGUAUUCUGGAAGCAGCAAGUGGCUUGAGCUACAAAGAUUUCGAUCUUUUUGAAGAAGAUGAGAAUCCAAAAAAGAAGAAAACUGCUAAGCGUAUAAAGCCAAGUCUUUCUGUAAUUGAUGAUAAUGAUGAUGAUGAUGAUGAUGAUGAGGGAGAUGAUGACGAUGGAGAUAUUAAUGCCAAUGUUAAUGAUGAUGAUGAUGAGAAUGAUGAUAAUAAUGAAAUCAAGCAACAUCAAUCCAGUCAGCCGGAUCUUCUGGGAAAAAUAGAUCCUAAACUUUUGAAAACAAAAGCUCAGAAAGAUUGGUUGAAGUCAAAUGCCUUGCGUAGAGCUAACAUGAUUCAAAAAUUAAUGGAUGGUCAGUUAGAUGAAGAAAAUUAUUCAAGGCAAGAUGAAGUUAGAUAUAGAGAAAAUAAUAUCUUUUUGGAAGAAGAUGAGAAUGAAAUUCCUAAUACAGCUUUUAGACUUCAAUCCACAAACUUGGCUAUGUAUGUGUUCUUUUUGGUUGAAGCUCUACUAUUUUACGUCUUCUAA